AUGACUGCAUCAACGAUACCCGAGUCCCAAGAAGCUCCCGAGCCAGUGCAGCCAUUGCACCUGACCAGGGUCGAGACACGAGAGACCCUUCGUAAUGUGGGAAUCUCGGAGCACCCCGCACCCUUGGACUACAACUACCCUGAAGUUGGACGGACGGAAAACCCAUUGUUCCCCGAAGAAUAUGUCAUCGAAACUAGCACUGGUCUUGUUCCACAAGCUACAUUAGAACAAGUUCGAUCUCGAGCCUCUACAUCUACCGCGGCCACAAGACAUAACGACAUUCCUAUUGACCCAGAAAAAGGGUCCGGCAAGGGUACUGAAUAUGUUACUUUUACUAUCGGAGAUCCUGAGCACCCCCACAACUGGUCCCGUGUUUAUCGAUGGUACAUUACGCUGGUUGCAUCAGCAUUGGUCGUGUGCAUUGCAUAUGGCUCAUCAAUCGUCACGGGAGGUCUGGGAUUGAUCCAGGAAAAGUACAAUGUCUCAUUGGAAGUUGCCAUCUUGACUUGUUCAAUCAUGGUUUGCGGCUUCGCGGUCGGCCCAUUGCUUUGGUCUCCCUUGUCUGAAAUCAUCGGUCGCAGGCCCGUUUACAUUAUUUCGCUGGCGCUUUAUGUCAUUUUUAACAUCCCAUGUGCGCUCUCACCUAAUAUUGGAGGACUCCUUGUGUGUCGGUUUCUGUGUGGUGUCUUCUCCAGUUCUGGGUUAUCUCUGGCUGGAGGUACCAUUGCCGACAUUUGGAGCACCGAGGAGCGGGGCAUGGCUAUCGCCUAUUUCGCCGCUGCUCCAUACUGUGGACCUGUCGUCGGUCCCAUCGUUACUGGUUGGAUCAAUGUUGGAAGUGGCAGAUUGGAUCUGUUCUUCUGGACAAACAUGGCGUUCGCCGGCGCAAUCAUGAUUAUGGUCGGCUUGAUCCCCGAGACUUAUGCACCUGUCAUUCUUAAGCGACGAGCAGCCAAGCUUCGAAAGGAAACCGGCAACCCAAACAUCAUCACGGAGCAAGAACAAAAUAAGCUCACUCUGCGCGAUAUCGCUCGCACGAGUCUGAUCCGCCCGAUCACAAUGAUCAUGACUGAGCCAGUUCUCGAUCUAAUGUGCAUGUACAUUGUCCUUAUCUACGCCAUGUUGUAUGCAUUUUUCUUCGCUUACCCAGUCAUCUUCGGGAAGCUUUAUGGCUACAAUGACGGUCAGAUCGGCUUGAUGUUCAUCCCUAUCUUGAUAGGCGCCGGGUUCUCACUGUUGACGACCCCCAUCAUCGAGAAGCAAUUCAAGCGAAUCUAUGACACGCGAACACCCACCCCAGAAGAUCGACUGAUUGGAGCCCUGAUUGGAGCUCCAUUUAUCCCAAUUGCUUUCUUCCUGCUGGGUGCCACUUCUUUCAAGCAUAUCAUCUGGGUUGGUCCCGCUUCCUCUGUUAUUGCCUUCGGAUACGGGAUGGUUCUGUGCUAUUACUCUGUGAACAACUACAUCAUCGACUCCUAUCAGAAAUAUGCUGCUUCUGCUUUGGCGGCCAAAGUGUUCUUGCGAUCCGGAGGUGGUGCUGCUUUCCCAUUGUUUACUACCCAGAUGUAUGACCGCCUUGGGCUUCAGUGGGCCUCUUGGUUGCUUGCAUUUAUCGGAGUUGGCAUGGUGUUUAUUCCCUACGUCUUUUAUAUGUUUGGAGCAAAGCUUCGUGCAAAGUUGACGCGGAAUUAA